UUGGCUGGGAGCGCUGUCAGUCAUCCAGACUCGGCGGGCGCACCCAUGGGUCGCAAUUUACAAGUCGCUCUAGGGUUUCGGUGCAAACUCGCACCAGGCGGCUGGUUCCCUAUUUCAUUUGAAAGAAAACUCAGACACAGAAGAAUCAGUGAGUUAGUUUAAGAAAAUUAAAGUGUUGACCAUGGAGAGGAGAAUUUCUACCUUGACUCUGCUGUCUCUGGUGACAGUGCUGUCAGGUGUUGGUGCCAUCCUUGUGACCAUCCCUCAGCCUGUAUAUGAGGUUGCCAGGGGUAAGAAUGUCACACUGCCCUGCAGCAUUACAUUCCAAGGUACUGGUACCCCCAAACAAACCAUCGUCACAUGGUCUGCUACGGCUGACACACCGGGCGCUCAAGAGGAUGAUGUCCUCACUUAUUAUUCUAUUGAUAAAAAUACUGACAUCGGUACGCUGUAUGAAGGCCGGGUGUCCCUGGAUGUAGAUGCUGCCACGGCAAAUGCCAACCUGAAACUGUCCUCCACCACACUAGAUGACAACAAGGUGUUUAGGUGCCAUGCCCUGAUUCCAAGUGACAAAACGGGCAAGACGUCUGCCACUACACGUCUGGUGGUUCUAGUGGCUCCAUCUACACCCAUCUGUACAAUCCAGGGAAAGGCAGAGUAUGGCCAGAACAUCAACCUGACCUGUUUGUCAGCAGAAGGCUCCCCACCACCCACUUAUUCGUGGCAAAGUCUAGAUGUCAUGAACAAACCUCGUGUUCUACCCCCUAGAACCACCGUCCAGGGAGGCAUCCUGUCUCUAUACAAUAUCUCCAAGGACACAUCAGGAUUCUUCAUCUGCACCUCAACAAACAAGAUGGGCUCUGCUUCCUACAACUUCACCCUCGCAGUAAUGCCGCCUUCCAUGAACGUUGCCUCCACUGCAGGAAUCAUUGGUGGAGUAAUCGCUGCGUUGAUCGUGCUCAUCAUCGUCAUCUACUGCUGCUGCUGUCGGAAGAAGAAAAAGGACGAGGAAUACGCCAUGGGAGUUCGUGAGGAGGAGGAGGAGGAGGAGGAGGAGAGGGAAACUUUCAAAGAGCCGGUUAGAAACGGUGCGAGUCCCCGUGCCGAUGUGCAGGAGGACGCCCGGGGCUCUGACUCCAGUGUGAGGAACCCUGUUGAACUAAGUGAACGCGACUACAAGAACCGCAAGGAUCUUAACGACCGCCGCAGCGACUACGACGACCGCCGCAGCGACUACGACGACCGCCGCAGCGACUACGACGACCGCCGCAGCGACUACAACGACCGCCGCAGCGACUACGACGACCGCCGUGAAAGGUACAGUGACCGCAAUGAGCGCUAUGACGACGAUCGUCGCUACGAUGACCGCAGAGACCGUCGUAUUAAUGAUGACGACCGCUAUGAUGAUCGCAGUCGUGACAGACCAGCUGUGCCAGCCAAUAAGCCACCGAGGAGGAACUACGACGACUAAAGCCUCCAACCUGUAUCGGCCAUCAUCUCCAUCUUCUGUCUUCUCCAUUGACUUUACUCCAAUGGCAACCAGAUAAAUCGCACUCAAGGUGUGGCCUGGUUGGCUCAAACAACAUUUUUGCUUCCAUGGCUCUUGUUUUGACAUAAUUGGCUCAAACACCACAACUAUACUAGAAUUAAGGGGAAGCAUAAUCUGUCAUUUUAUGGUAGAGGGUUGAGCUGUGUAAUACAGAAGUUAGGUGGUAUUUUAGCUUUAAACUCACAAUGUUGGCAUUGUUAUAAGAAUGUAAGGCCUUGUCUGUUUUGAUUUGAGUUGUAUUCUGCUGUUGGGUGUAACUAGUGGUAUUUUUUUUUUUGUUUUUUUAGGAAGCUACCUCCACAAUAAAUAAAAGGGCUUUCAUUUUUUACGCUUAAUAGGAUUAUUUCUGUUUAUUUGAGUUAGCUAAUGUCUAUCCUUUUAUAGAAACAGAUAUUUAACCAGUUUUAAUGUCCUCUAUUUGGUGCUUGUUUUCUUCCUCUGAUUGUUGGGAUUGAUAAUUUCACCACAGAUCUAUUUUUAAAUGAAUAAAUAAAUGUCUAAAUUUGGAAUGUAAAUCUCCUUUUCCCAUGCCACCUUCAAAGAUGUUUUAUAUUGAAUUAUGUUGUAAAUAGAUUUGUUGAAAUGCAAUGAAAUUAGACAAUGUACAUUAUAAAUGCUAUUAUUUCAUCUCAGCAGUGGUAAUGUUACCAUUUUUAUAUUGGGAUUUGUGUUGUGAAACAUUGUGUGCAUUCUAAUCAUGAAAUAUGCUGUACAAAUAAAGCUGAAAUAAAAUGAACCAAACAGC